GGCGGGCCGGCGGGCGAGGCAGCCGGACCGGCCGGGCGCCCGGAGUGCCAGCCCGCGACCCGGAGGAGAGGGCAGGGCGACGGCCCGGCCGGGCUCCGCUGCGCCCGAUGAGCCUCAACGAGCACUCCAUGCAGGCGCUGUCCUGGCGGAAGCUCUACCUCAGCCGGGCCAAGCUGAAAGCCUCCAGCCGCACCUCGGCGCUGCUCUCCGGCUUCGCCAUGGUGGCCAUGGUGGAAGUCCAGCUAGAUGCCGAACAUGACUACCCACCAGGCCUCUUGAUAGCCUUCAGUGCCUGCACGACGGUGCUGGUGGCGGUCCACCUCUUUGCCCUGAUGAUCAGCACCUGCAUCCUGCCCAACAUCGAGGCCGUCAGCAAUGUCCACAACCUCAACUCAGUCAAGGAGUCGCCCCACGAGCGCAUGCACCGCCACAUUGAGCUGGCCUGGGCCUUCUCCACCGUCAUUGGGACUCUGCUGUUCUUGGCUGAGGUAGUGCUCCUCUGCUGGGUGAAAUUCCACCCACUGAAGAAGAAAACGGGUGCCGAUAGGCAGGCGGGCAACACCACCAUCACCGCCGGUGAGGCUGCGGCCAUCACCUCCACCACCAUCAUGGUCCCCUUCGGACUGGUCUUCAUCAUCUUCGCUGUCCACUUCUAUCGCUCGCUGGUGACUCACAAGACGGAUCGUCAGUUUCAAGAGCUGAGCGAGCUGGCCGAGUUUGCCCGCUUGCAGGACCAGCUGGACCACAGAGGGGACUCCCUACCAUCUCCCGGUGGCCAUUUUGCCUAGAAAGAUGCCCAUCAGGUUGGCAGGGGAAGAUCAAGCAUGGAGGAGCCAGCUACAUCCUCCUGACCCUUCCUGGCCCAAAUUUGGCUGCGCUGCAGUCUCUGCGUGGGGAGAGAGACGACGGUAGUUGAACUGGACCGUGACUUAUUAGGGCUUUAAAAAAAUAAUAAUAAAUCAAUAAAAGGCAAAGAAUUGUUCUGGUUACAUUAUGGAACACUUAACACCUGGGAUUCCUGCCCAUCGCCCACGUUUCUCGCGGCCCUGCCUCCCCUUGUCGUCAGCCGGGUUUCUUUUCUUUGAAAUGGCGAUUCAUCAUCGGAGGAAAUGGAAAAAUCUACAGCGUCAGGCGGUGGGUGGGUGAGGAAAUUAGAGGCUUGGAGGGAACUAUUAUUCCUUUGACUCUUUUGUGUCAAUUAACUGGUGUUGGCUGGAGUCAUGCGCAGCCUGAAUGCAGAAGUUCUUGAGAACAUCCAGGGACUAACGGCGAAGUUUGACUUUGCUCACCGGCCAAACUGGAAGCAAAGCAGGCAGCAGAGAGAGAGAGAGAGAGAGAGAGAGAGACAUCCCAACCACAGGGCAGCCCUUAACCAGCUUCUAAGAAGUGGCUCUUCGUUUUUAAAAGGAAAACAAAACCUCUCGUUCCUAGUCCUCAUAGAGGCAGAGAUAGGCUUAAAAAGGCACGUCUGCCAAGCCUGUUAGGAAUUUUACAAGCUUGUGGGGAAUGAGUGUGCAAUCAGGCUGGGGUUGUGUGUGGCGGUGAGCUUUUUCAUACGCUUUAAUUUUUCCCACCACUGACAGAAUUGAGAAAAAUCAGCCUGUAUUUCCCAGGGCUUAAUCAGAAUCCAGGUUCUGUUAUUGCAAAAUGUGGGGCAUCUCUCGCCAUUCUUCCACCCUUCCUUUUAAGGACAGAAGGAACAAUAACCCUGGAUAUACCUAACAGGCCAUUUCUCUCCAGGGGUGAAGUCUUAAUCACCACAUUUCCCCAAACCGGUGCAGUUGUCCCGGCUGGAGAUCAAGCAAGUUGUAAGCCAACAUACCUGGAGGGAACCAGGCUGAGAAACACGCUGGCCUUUGGGUAAAGCCCACGAAACUCCAUCUGCGUGCAUAGGUGCCCGUGUAUGUAAGUAAAGCAUCAUCCCCAGGCAUAAGUUAUUUAUUCCUGCCUUACAGAAUUCUGUUCAAAAGAGUUUUCUGGAUUUCUGCAUCUCUUUCCCCUGGAUGAUGGUGGUGAUGGUGAUGAUUUUAUUUUAAAUGCUUUUUCUAUUGCUGUCUUACAGUGGCAGCCCAAAGUCCAUCAAGUCUGCAGAUCUCUGCCUUGCCAAAGGAAAAAGGUUUCAAACUGGUUUCCUUGGCUUCCGCCAGAGUUUAUCCCUGUCCUAGGCGAGUGGAAUUUGGGGGGAUCCUGGAAGACUUGGCUGGAGAUGACCCUUCAUCUGUCUCUACACUGCUCUUCAUAUUUUAACAAACACAUCCUUCUGUCCUCUGGUUAUGUCAAUGCCACCCCCCGACCGCCCCUGGUAGAACUGCAAAUGUACAGCAUUUGAUGUACAUGCUUUGAUCAAAGGGUGUCCUUGGGGAGGUCAAAAAAGUCAAUAUGGUGGCCACAACGCUGCAAUCAAAGCUGGAAUUUGGAUUGCAGUGUCUGGCCAAUGUCUUGACUUUUUUGACCACCCCCCAUGUGAUCUGUCCUUUCAACCCUUUACCUGUUUGUAUCAUGUCCUCUGGACCUGAGAGGCUACCAACAGCAGGGGUGUUGUUUAUCUGAAGGAACCAACUUGACUGGUCCCUGUCUCCAAAGGUUUUGGAAGAUAAAACCAGCAAGAGGCAAAGGGAAUGGGAAUGUCUGUGGUGACCCAAUGUAGGCCAUUAUUUCGAUGGCAGAUACGUUGGCUGAGCCCCAGGAAGGUAGAGGGAGGUGACCUGCCCGCACUUUCUUAUGCAUUGAUUACAGUUCCAUCAGCUGAUAGUAAGGACAAGGGGUCUGUAAUCCAAAAUCUCUGUAGAGCAUCCAUUGCCUCUUUCUGCUGUCAAGUGUGGCUUGGUGUUCUCCACAGACGUUCUGGAGAUGUUUGAGGACUCAGCUGUGCUGGCUAGGACUUCUGGGAGUUGUGGCCCCAAACAUCUGGAGGGCAGACAGUUGGGGAUGAUCCAGGGCACCUUUUGGUGGAGUGAGCGAAUUGCCCUCCCCACGGAUGUGCAGGAUGGGUCACGUGCCGAUUUCUGCCUAACCCAAAUCAUCAUUUGCUCACUGUGCCUCCUGAUGAUUUAGGGGCAGAAGUUCCUCCUCAGUCUAGUGCUGCAUUGAUAGAGUUUGCACUGUUGAAAUUACUACUGGAAUAUCUCAGCUUCGUUUUACCACUGGCUUUUCUUUUUUUAGCCUGGGAUACUUGAAAUAGUAGAGAUCUUGGAUGGUGAGGGAGUACUGUUCUCUCUCCAAUUAGAAAAAACGGGGAUGGAUGACCGUUGGGUUUCCUGGAGAAGCGUUUGGCCUUCUCCUCUCUUUAAAAUAAAGAUGGAGUUCCCCCUGCUUAGCUCGUCUCUCGCCCUUGCCCCCAACCUGCUUAAAAGCCAGAGGCCGAGGGGAGACGUGGAAUUUCGUACCAGAAAUUAAAGAAGCCAAACGCUUUUCCUGUUCAACCGAAUGCAGGGCCAAAACAGCUGCUUUGAAAGAGUGCACAAGCUGCUUCCAUCCUGCAGCCAUCUGGUGUGGUUAGAUACUUCCUUCCUGAGAAAAUAAAGAAAACAGGUUGCAGAGCGGGGGAGAUUCUGCACAGGUGACACGUGGGGCAGGGAGUCCAGAAAUGGUGGGAAACGCGACCUGGGAAGCUGCUAAGUGCUGGUGCAGAGCAGGGCUGUCAACCACAAGUUUGCCCAUUACUUUGAGCUCUGCCAGCUGCUGGCCCCGAAUUAUUGUUUUUAAGGCCAUGGAGGAAGUCACUAAGCCUCUUCCAUAUCUCACCAUAGGAGCUCAGUUCAAUUUAAAGUUUUUGCGGCCAUGCUCUCUGUUUGAAGUGGGGACCACUGAUGCUCUGCUCAAGGCCCAGAGUGGUGUCUUCUCUGGAAAUGGGGUGCACCUCUGCUUGGAAGAAUCAGAGCCUGCUGUUUUGGUACGCUGGGGCUUAGCCUACCCUCUCCCCAGACAGAAAAGACCACUGCGUUCAUUAGACUUUUUGGCAGCUUCAUACAGGACUUCCUAUCGCCAUGUUUCUGGCCCACCCACUUUAUCUUCUUUUCCCAAUCAGGAAGAUUUUGGCUAAGAUUUCUGAGUCUGGAUGUCUGACGCUGGAGGGUCCGAGAGGCUACAAAAUGUUUCAAACUCAGGUGUUCCUCAACCAUUCAGGGGGCUCCAGAAGAGAGUAUUUUUAAUUGCUUGCAUUAACAGACUGACUCGUAGACAAGGGGGGAAAAGCUGGUUUUUCUGCUUUCGAAACAGCCAUGGGUUUAAAUAAUAGCUUUUCUUUAAAAAAAAAAAAAGUGUGGGUAUACAUUUAUCAAUAAGAAUAAAUUAGAUACAAGUAUUGACAUUUGUUUGCAUUUUUUUUAAAUUUGUAGGAGUGGGGCUUGGCUCCUUAAAUGUAAUCUUUUCUGUGUUUGCUUGAAGAUAUAUAUUUUAAGAGCACUAAUUUUUGGACCGUAAGUCGUAGCAUCCAAUGCAGGGAUGGCUUUUCCAUUCUGGAAGUGUUGAUCAAGGGGAGAGUUGAAAUGGGCUUCGAGUUCUGUGUUUUUUGCUCCAUUUUUCAUUCUGAUGACUUCUGGUGUCCAAACAUGGUAGAUUUCAGAGUUUUUCCUCCAAGCAGAGACUCCUUACGAUUGCCUCUCGAGGUCUGGAAUGUGGGAAGUGUUUGAAUUGGAGAGCUACGCCUGGGUGUGCUGAAAUAUGAAAACACAUUUGUACUCCUGUGUGUGUGUGUGUGUGUGCUUAAUCCAGCAAUUGUGUUCUUUGAAGUCAUUGUUGCCUUUGUAUAAUACUUUGGUCCACCUCUCCUUAUAUGUGCAGCCCUCAGAAAUUUAAAAAAACAAACUUUAAACUUCCCAAUUCGACAAACUUUAAAAAAAUCAAAUCUUUAAUCAACAUUGUGGCUGUAAAAUAUUAAAAUCUUGUGAGCCAGGAUUAGAAAAAGAUAUGGGAAGAUAUCCUCAAAAUUUAUAUACUUGGCAAACAUGUCAAAUUGCUGGUAAUAUUUAGGGGGCGUAGAACUGCCUAGGUGGGGCGGGGGGGACAUUGGCUUUGCAUGCAGCAAACCCCAGCUUUGACAUUCAGACUCUCCAGCUAAGAAGGAAAGUCUCCCUCAAGCUGAACCUGACCCUUGGGACUCCAUGGACACCUACAUAGUUUCUGGGCAAUCAUGCGGAAAAAAGUUUCUUCCAAGUGGUUUUUUGAAUUCCCUCCCUGUCUCUUUAAGAUUUCCUGAUGGUUUCCCAUCCAGUGAUGAAUCAGGCUCAACCCUGCUUGGCUCUGCAGGCCAAACGGGGUGGGUCUGCUGCUACCACUUGUUUGGUUAGAAGAAAACAACCUUGUCUGAAAUCGUGGCAGGCCACCGCUGAUGUGGACUCACCUUCCCCAUCCAGACAUGAAGGGUGGUAGUGACCCACUAUGCUUGCUAGAAGGAACUGGAGAGUACACAUCUGGGGGUGCCAGGUUGAGGAAAACGGAACAGUGCGGUCCUAAUGCAGCCCAGGCUCGGCUACAGGCCUGGUGGGCAACCUACAAUGCCAGAAUCACACCUUGUUGAACUACAAUUUCUCUGUUGCCCCAGAGGGCAGGUCUAGAACCAAGGAUGGGGGCUGAGGAUAGAUGUCAGGAGGAACUUCCUGCCUGUACAAGCUGUCAGCCAGUGGAACAGACUGCCACAUGAAGUGGUGGGUUCCCUUCAAACAGAACAUCUGUCAGAAAUGCUGUAAUGGAUCCUGCACAGACUAGGAGGUUGGACCAGAUCAGGGUUCCUCAACCUUGGCAGCUCUAAGCGGUGCGGACUUCAACUCCCAGAAUUCCCCAGCUGGCUGAGGAAUUCUGGGAGUUGAAGUCCACACCGCUUAGAGCUGCCAAGGUUGAGAAAUCCUGGACUAGAUGACUUCUCUGGCCCCUUCCAACUCUGUGUGGCUCUAUUACUAUUUUUUUUAUUGUUGGCAGUCUUUGGAACGACGCUGCUGAAAUUUGACAGCCCGGUUGCUAAAAAAUGGGACGGCCAACACAAAAAAUCUUCGGAAAAACCUAAACUCGCCGACCGGAUGGAAAAUCCCAGCUCUGCAACCCGGCUACAUUUUGUACCAUCAUCCUGACCGCUGCAGAGCCCCAUCCAAAAAACUGCCCACCCCUUUUCCUAAACAAUUUCCAAAACACUUUUUCUCCCCCAUUUCUUGACAGUUGCUCUCCAAAGGCAGACGUUUCCUCACAUCCUUUAAGCGAAACUUAUUUUUUGUCUCUUUGCAAAAGUGGGGGUUUUCUCAAUCAGUUCUUCCGCCCCCCCCCCCCCAUCACACAAACCAUAUUCUGCUGCAUUUUGUGAUAACUAACAAUGUCUGUAAAUAAAAGACGUGAUUCUGCCCCACGCAUCGUUUGACUGGGGGCUGCAGGGGCAUUUAUUUCUUUAAUCGCAUUUCUUUGAAGAACGUGUGCCUGCUCAGUAAUUGCCAAGAUGACUAGAAAUGAAAGUAGAAAAUUAAAAAUUAUUUUUCCAGUUUA